AUGGACACGCCAUUCGACGUAUCUCAGAAAGAUAGGAUGGUUUGGCUACCUUCACCGACGGGUUGCUUCUCGGUUAAGUCGGCAUGGGAGUUGCUCCGUCAAAGGAGGCAGUAUUCCUUGGUUGACUCACUGUUAUGGUCUUCGGUGUUGCCAAUGAAAAUGUCGUUUCUCGCUUGGAGAGUGAUGCGCAAUUUCCUUCCUUUGGAUGUGACCUUACGGUCGCGAGGUUUGUCUUCUCCCUCUAGAUGUGGGUGCUGUUAUCGGGAGGAGGAAGACCUUUUGCAUGUUUUCUUUACGGGCCCGGUUGCCUCCGAGGUGUGGCGGAGGAUGUCUGGCCGUUUUGGUUUUCGAUUGUCCAAUUGCUUGGGCAUGGCGUCAGUUUUUAAAGCGUGGUAUUGGACGGCAGCAGAUCCUUCGAAGGACCAUAUUCGGACGUUUAUGCCAGUUGUAGUGUGCUGGUUUCUUUGGUCUGCCAGGAAUCAGGAGCGUUUCUGCGGUGUCCGUUGGGGGGGUGACAAGAUCAUCUGCGAGAUAGACCAUUUCUUGGAGGGGCUUGGGAAGGCCAAUUUGUUCCGUCGGUCGCACUUCAACGGAGAUGGUGAUUGUGACUUGCUUUGUUUGGUCACUACGCCUCCGCGGCGGAGGAUCCCUAGGGCGAUUAUGUGGGAAAAGCCGCCUUUUGGUUUGCUUAAAUUGAACUCGGAUGCCAGUGUGAAGCAUGGCAGGGCCACGGGUGGGGGGCUAGUCCGGGAUUAUCAGGGAAAAAUGAUUUUUGCUUUUUACAAGGAAUUCGGGGACUACAAUGUGUUGGAGGCAGAAGGUCUGGCUUUACUGUUUGGUUUGCAGUUGUGUUCACAACGGGGGCUUCGCCCUUCGCUGGUAGAAGUAGAUUCUAAAGCCUUGGUGCAGUUGGUUGUCUCUGGGGUACUUGCUAAGUGGCCUUUAUGUAAUUGCUUGAGGAAGAUUAGGAGUCUUCUGGAGGGUUUUUCAGCUACUAUCGCGCAUGUUUUCCGUGAGGCCAACUCGCCGGCAGACAGGCUAGCGGAUAUGGGAACAAUAGGAGUUACGGAGUAUGACCAGUUCCAGGAGCUGCCGGCAAUCGUCCGGGCCUCGGUUGUCCUGGACUCACGGAGUGUGCCUGGGGUUCGUUGGAUUAGCGAGGGGGGUUAG